GUCAAUAGCGGAGUAGCUCCGCCUCUCACUGAAACAGCAGAGUAGCAAGCAGAGAGAGUAAAUAGAGAAAGCCCAAAGAUGGCGGACUCACUGAGCUUCAUCCACUUUGCAGAUACCGACAAAAACCCGCUCCAGAAACCCAAGGAACCCAAAGGAGCGUCGGAUAGCAUACCGCAGUCUUCCCGGGAUCACCACCCCCCGCCGCCCAAAAAAGUCCGAAACGAAGAGAAGAACCUUAAACCCAAGAAACUAAAUGGAGAAGGAGGUCGAGGUGGUGCAGUCGAGAAGCAGCAGCAGAAACAGAGCUAUGGCAGCCCAACAACAUGGAGCUUCAAUGAAAUUAAGACGAACACUCCGACUCAGCCGACCCAGACUUCUCUCCAUAAAGUCUUCACGCCCAGCGCCUUUCAGUCCACCUCCAUAAAGCCUAAAAAGCCUAAGGAGAAACGGGAGAAGGAAAAGGAGAAAAAUAAACACAAGCCAGUCCCAGAAAAUAACAGCCUUGCUGGGACGAAGAAGGAAAACGGGGAGGUGAAGUUGGUGCAGAAAGAUCAGAAUAAUAAAGAAAAGGAGAAAGACAAGAAGAAACACAAAGUUAUGAAUGAAAUUAAGAGGGAAAAUGGAGAAGUGAAAUUGCUGCAGAAAGGAGAAAAAGAAAAGCCAAAAAUAAAUGCAGAAGAGCUGCAGAUCAAAAAAGUGAAGAAGAAAAAGAAAAAGAAACACAAAGAAACCGAAAAAAAAAAACGGCCCAAAAUGUACAGCAAAUCCAGCCAGACCAUAUACUCGGGGCUUGGAUCUGACUCCAUUGGUCAAGGAGCCAAACCAAGCAAAGAGGAGGAGUGUGACAUCAAACCACCAGCCCACCUCUUCCAAGAAGAUCCCAGCAUGGAGAAAAAGCACUGCAAUCCACCCAAUGCCAAGCCCCCAGAAAGCAGGGUCCCUCCCUUCGUCUCCUUAAAGAAACCCAAGGUUCAGACCCAGAUACCAGGGUUGGACAACUUGGAGUUCAAAAGGUUAAUUCACAUAGAGCAGCAGCCUAAUGGAGGGGCCUUAGUAGUGCAUGCUUACAGCAAAGAGCUGUCUUGCCUGUCUCCUAUGGAGAUGCAGAGGUUUGCUGAAGAGUUUGUUACACUGUCGUUUAGUGAAGAUGAGAAUUGUGCAGCUUAUUACGUAAUGGGUAUAAUUCAUGGGGCAGCUAUGUACCUACCAGAUUUCCUGGACUACUUUUCAUUCAACUUUCCGAACUCUCCAGUGAAAAUGGAAAUCUUGGGAAAGAAAGAUAUCGAGACAACUACUAUGUCAAACUUCCAUGCUCAGGUAAAAAGAACCUACUCGCAUGGGACGUACCGAGCUGGUGCGAUGAGACAGAUCAGCCUGGUGGGAGCUGUGGAUGAAGAAGUAGGAGAUUACUUUCCAGAAUUCAUCAGCAUGUUAGAGGACUCACCCUUUUUAAAACGAACAUUACCUUGGGGAACUUCUUCUAGUCUUAAACUAAAGAGCCCAACAGACAGCGAUGACGGGCCCAUCAUGUGGGUACGCCCUGGAGAACAGAUGAUUCCUGUAGCUGACAUGCCAAAGUCACCUUUUAAAAGAAAAAGGACUACCAAUGAAAUCAAAAACCUCCAGUACCUACCUCGGACCAGUGAGCCCCGUGAGAUGCUGUUUGAAGACCGAACUCGGGCCCAUGCGGACCACAUAGGGCAGGGCUUUGAGCGCCAGACCACAGCAGCAGUGGGGGUCCUCAAGGCAGUACACUGCGGAGAGUGUCCUGAUCCACCUCGAAUAACCAAAGAUGUGGUUUGCUUUCACGCUGGAGAUUUCUUGGAGGCAGUGCAAAGACUGCAGUUGGAUCUGCAUGAACCCCCUCUGUCACAGUGUGUACAAUGGGUCGACGACGCAAAGCUUAACCAGCUUCGACGGGAAGGAAUCCGCUAUGCUAGGAUUCAGCUUUACGACAAUGACAUUUACUUUAUACCCCGCAAUGUUGUGCACCAGUUUAAAACGGUCUCGUCCGUUUGCAGCUUAGCUUGGCACAUACGCUUGAAACAAUAUCACCCAGAGGCAGAGGCGUCCAAUAAUUCCAAUGAAUCCGAAGAAGGGACAGAAACAAAAGCAACUCUAGAACACACCGGUGUCAAUGUAAAGGCCAGCGAGUGUACAGUAAGCACCGAUACCUCUGUAGACUUUAAACCUCAGCAACAAAGAAAAGAGCCUAAGGACACUAAGCUUCCAGAAAUCAAAGUGGAACCUGAAGACUUGCUUCUGGAAAAGAACACAAAGCCUGCAGAGGUCACACAGCCACAAAGCAAAGUGAAAUCCCAGCACUCGGAAUGUCAAACCACUUCAGCAAAGCAUCCGCACAGUGUGCUGGCAGAGACACCGACAGAAGUCAGUACCCCAGAAUCUCAGUCCAGGAACGAGAGUUCAAAGGACAUGCUCUACACAAACGCUCCUGAGGUCACAAGGCCGCACCCUUCAGUAAAACACCACCUGCAUGAGCAGCAGAAAGACUUUUUAUACUAAUUUGUACAUAUUGUUUUUAUAUCUUUUGUUUUUAUGAUCUUCAGCAGUGUGGUGUACUAUAUGGAAUAUGUAAGCUCUGUGGGGCAGGCUUGCGGCUUGCUCUCUACUCUGUUACCGAAUGAAUACAUAGCAAAUGUAGCUUGUAACACAUUCCUCAGUGCCUGUCCGUAACUGUGAACUAUCAAAGCACUUAGGGCCAGCUGCACUGUUACACUGCAGGUUUGAAAUAAACAGGUCCUUAAAUAAUAUAUUUUUAAGUUGUAGGUUUUAGAUGUAUUAGAGCUGACAUGAACAUAUAUAUUUUUUGUAAGAUGAGCCAGAAUUCUUUUGAUGACUCCAGGCUUUUCCAUAGAGCUUAUUUAUAUCAAAUUGUUUUCCAUUUGAAAUGUGUCAGCACUGUAGUGUAAAUAACUUUUUUUUUUUUUUAACUUGUGUGGUUUAUACUUAAAUAAGAACCUCCUAAUAAAGUUUUAGAAAAAUGGAAUGUUGUUGAAACAAGGGCUACACUGAACAAUACAUAAGAUUAAGUGACCCAAAGCAAGGUAGGUUCAUGUGGCUAAUUUAGUGCUCUUCCAUGAUCAUGAUACACAUAAUUGUCAUUUUUGCACUUGCAUAGAAGAUAUGAGGCAUGGAAUCAGCGUAGAAGCAGCAUUUUGCUUCAGAACUUGUACACUUUGAUAAUAUUAAUACUGUGG